UAAAAAAGUGAUUUUUUAGACAAAAACAUGUCAGAAAACCAACUUCCAUUUCGAAUCUGAGGAUUUAUCAUUCUCGUUUUCUCUUUAUGGUUAUAGUGUGAUUUCCGUAAGCCAUAUAUGUUGUCAUGAAUACCUCUGAAUCAGACCACCAACACGUUCUUCCCAAUCCAGAAUCACAUUCACUCGCAUCAAAAUGCAGAAAAUUUACAUUGCACACACUCUCUCUGUUGGUUCUCCUCACGUCAAUCUAUUGGGGAUUCACAAGAACAAACUAUUACAAAGUUCAGCACUUGAAAUACUCCCUCACAUCACCAUCAAUUAUACAUGCAAUUGGGUCUUUCUUUUUACCCUCAAAACCAGUUUCUGUGCCCUUCAAUCACUGUGUUCUAUGGAUGGCCCCCUUUCUUUCAAGUGGUGGGUAUAGCUCGGAAGGGUGGUCUUAUAUUUUGGCCCUUCAUGGUCACAGAAAAAUGCAAUCUUUAAGGUUGGCGAUUGACCACCAUGGUGAUCUAGAAUCUCUGGCGUUUUGGGAGGGUUUGCCAGUUCAUAUGAAGAACUUGGCUCGUGAGUUGUACCAAGCUCGGUGUAGAAUGAACGAGACAGUUGUUAUUUGCCAUAGUGAACCUGGUGCCUGGUUCCCUCCACUGUUUGAAACUACCCCAUGCCCACCAUCUUUUUACCAUAAUUUCAAGUCUGUCGUUGGCAGGACAAUGUUUGAGACUGAUAGAGUGAAUGAUCAACAUGUGCAGCGCUGCAAUACAAUGAACUAUGUCUGGGUUCCUACAGAGUUCCAUGUGUCUACAUUUGUGGAAAGUGGGGUUGAUCCUUCCAAGGUGGUGAAGAUUGUUCAACCUGUUGAUGUGAAGUUCUUUGAUCCGGUAAGGUACAAGCCAUUUCGUCUUGCUUCUAGUUCUAGACCAAAACUUGUGUUAGGUUCCCGUGUGAGGAAGAGCUUUGUGUUUUUAAGUAUCUUCAAAUGGGAGUAUAGGAAAGGGUGGGAUGUGUUGUUAAAAUCAUACUUGAAGGAAUUCUCAAAGGAUGAUGGGGUUGCAUUGUACUUGUUAACAAAUCCUUAUCAUACUGACCACAAUUUUGGUAACAAGAUAUUGGAUUUUGUGGACAGUUCGGGUAUGGUAAAACCAGUAAGUGGUUGGGCUCCAGUCUAUGUUAUUGAUUCUCACAUACCAUUGAGUGAUUUGCCUAGAGUUUACAAGGCAGCUGAUGCUUUUAUUCUUCCUUCCCGAGGGGAAGGAUGGGGGAGACCAGUGGUGGAAGCCAUGUCAAUGGCAUUGCCUGUGAUUGCGACAAAUUGGUCUGGUCCAACUGAGUAUUUAACAGACGAUAAUAGCUAUCCACUGCCUGUGGAUAGACUGAGUGAAGUAACAGAAGGUCCAUUCAAGGGACACCUUUGGGCUGAACCUUCUGAGAAUAAACUUCAGGUUCUUAUGAGGCAGGUGAUGAAUAAUCUCACUGAGGCUACAGCCAUAGGCAGGAAGGCCAGGGAGGACAUGAUAGCACGGUUCUCGCCUGAGAUUGUGGCCGACAUCGUUGCGGAUCACAUACUAAACAUUCUACGGCAAUAAGGACUAUGAAGCUUCUGGUUCUGUUUUUCCAUAGCUGCUAUACUUCAAAUCUGUCUUGUGUUGUGAUUCAUUCUAAAGGAGACCGAGAUUGUUAGCGCACAUAAUGUUGACUUGUAGGGAAUUGAUUAAGGCUCAGCAAACUAAUCAGUGGAAGUGUUGAUCUUGAAUAGUUAAAUCAAGAGACCUGUUGCUUAGUAUGUACCAGUGACUAAGAUCAUGUUGUAUUGUAUCCAACCAGCCGAUUGUCUGGUACAAGAGGGCAUUAAGGAGCAUUAUUGAGCUGUGGUUUCUAGUUAAGAUUGAAGCUCUGAAUAUCUUGUAUGCUCUUAUUGUGCUUGUUUUAAACUUCCAAAAUUUUGAUAGAACCAUUAUAUGUCUGGUGCCAGUAUAUAUGGAAAGGUGUACCAAAACACCUGAAUUCUCACUUCUCCCAAACAAUUGUGUCCUAGUAACUUUUUUAUUCUGUCAGCUGAAUUCCUCGUACUUACAUUCACUCUCAAAGAACGCCUGCCACAUCAUAAGUCAAAAUAUGUGGAUAUAAAGUUUGAAAUGUUCUUAGCCAAGAAAGAAUGAAGUUAUCUUAUGAAAUUUUUCACCGGGACUAGAUUACAUACGUUCAAUCUUAUCUAUACAGGAGUGUUAAUUGCAGAAGCAAAUCAAGGACCGAAUUAAGAACUA